AAAAAGGGACCCUUGCUUCAAUGAAAGCCAAUCUGAAGCCAAUCUGAGGUUUCGCCCUGCGCAAGAUUUCAAAGCGAACCUGAAAGAUUGACACGCCCCAGAAAAAACAAGCUCCUUAUUUUCUUGUAUUUCUGACAAAUAACAAGUGUUUUUAACGCGUUUACGAAAUCCCUCUUCUCCCGACGACUUGAAUGCAGAUCUAGACUUCCCGCGAUUGAUUCCCGCCUUCUUUUAAAAUCCCCAUCAUUAGUUUUGGACAGCUGUAGAGACACAGUACCGACGUAACGAUCGCGUGGCCAUUUUUAUUUACCUCGAAGGAAGGGGCGCCGUUUAAGCUCGCUCCUACGCGGAUAAAAUACAUACUACAUACUACAUACUACAUACAUACGUACCUACACAAGAUGGGCCAGAGUGUAUCAUGGCUGUCCGGCCUGCUGUGGGCAAAGAAGGAGAUAAGAAUCCUUAUCCUAGGUCUUGAUAACGCGGGAAAGACGACAUUAUUAUACAGACUGAAGGUAGGCGAGGUAGUAACGACAAUCCCGACGAUCGGGUUCAACGUCGAAUCAGUAACAUACAAGAACCUAAAUUUCAACGUGUGGGAUUUAGGUGGACAAACUUCGAUCCGACCUUACUGGCGAUGCUACUAUGCGAACACCGCAGCCGUGAUAUUUGUCGUCGACAGCACGGAUAUCGAGCGUCUACAGACUGCGGCUGAAGAGCUAGCUGCUAUGCUCAACGAGGAUGAACUGAGAGAUGCUGCGCUCCUAGUGUUUGCCAACAAACAGGACCAGCCUGGUGCCAAGGGCGCGGGCGAGAUAUCCGAGGCACUGCGGCUGGGCGAGCUGAGGGAUCGCAACUGGAGCAUUGUCGCGUGCUCAGCGGUCGACGGAAGCGGUGUCAACGAAGGCAUGGAUUGGCUGGUGCAAACCGUGUCACAGGACUAAACGUCUUGAUAUCGCACAAAGCAUUCCUCUGUAUAACACUUAACCAACCGUAUCAAUCCAUGGGCAUCUCAAAACAUAUUUUAUUGAUACCGCAUCCUUACGGUCUUGGGUAGACGGCCCCUGCCCCCUCAUGUUAGUCUAAUAGGGCCACGAGGUGCAGCGGCCGCUGUGAUUAGGAGCAUAAGGCGUUUUCUGCAGGAUUUUAUUUUUUUGGACGAAGGAGGAGGAUCCAGAGAGGGCACGGAAGCAGGCGAGAACGAUGAAUAUCAAGUUCGAUGAAGAAUCUCGAGACACGUAUGCAUCAUUCCAGGCACGUAUUAGUAGUAUGGGGCUGGUCCUGGUCUGGUAUGCUAGGUCAUAUAUAUACGAUGAACCUCCCAAGCUCCUUUAAUUUGCCCUCUGGCGGAAGAUAGAAGAACAGACAGGCGGAUCUCCUGAUCCGGCAGCCCGGAUCGAAAUAAUACUAGGUUGGGGUCGGCUCUAUCCAGUCGUUACGUUAGAUAUAUUAUAAUUACCGUAGAUGCGCGUAGCAUAAAGUAAAUGACCCAAGUCGUUGCCAUCAUAUGUGUCUUAGGUGGUGUUUCUGAUUCAUGAUGUUUCAUGGCUCAAUGGUUCAGGGGAAGAUCACGACUAUGUUUCCUAGUAACAUUCCUCUCGUCGAAUAAGAGCUUCAGCUCGGCCGUCUUGCCCGUCACCGUGCAUAUAUGAUAUAGG